AUGAAUUUCGUAAGCAAAACCGACGAGCUGCAAGCGUCGUCAGAAGGGGAUUCUUUGCAAUCUCUUGGUAUUACUUCUGGUGACCUUGUAUAUUUCUCUCUCAAUCCCAAGGGUUUUGCUUCUUCUACCGCUGCUUCCUCUUCCUCAGUGAAAAAAACCCAGAUUGGAGAAACCGAAAUCCAAGGAUUGGGUAGUUUAGAGGGUGUGGGUAAUGAUACUGGGUUUUACCAUGAGUUACGUUUUUUGAAGAAGGUAUUGAAAGAAGAAUUAGGUGAUGGUAUUUGCAGCAAGUAUAAUGUGUUGGUUGUUGCUGUUCAUGCGGUUUUUUUAGAAUCUGGUCUUGUUGGGUUUGAUUCAGAAUUGGGGUUGAGAAAUGACAGGCUUUAUAUUACGGAAGAGGGGCUAUCUAAGGCUUUUACGAUGUCGCUCUCCUAUACUCUACCUGAACUUCUCGACAGUGAGGAUGGGGCUGAUUCGACUGUUUUGAAGUUUCAGAGUUUAGGGCAUUUUGUUAAUGUUUAUGGGGCUUUGGCUAAUGGUGGCUCAGAGUUUUAUUGGCUGUGUUUGGAUGAAUACAAGAUUGCGCCGAUCAUAAAUUUGCUACGCCUGAAUUGUGGUGACAAGGAUGGAUGGUGUAGGAAGAAGGGAUUGUUUGAUUUUCUGAAAAUUGUGAAGGAUGAGCUUGUUUUGCCGUUAUUAGCUGAUCUUUGUCAUAAAACUGGUUGUGUUCUUCAAUCAUGCUUCACGAGUCUCCCAGCAGAUCUUAAGUUAAAGAUUUUUGAGUUACUUCCUGGUAAUGAUAUUGCAAGGAUGGAAUAUGUGUGUUCACAGAUGCGGCAGACAUUGUCUUCAAAGAAUGAUUUAUGGAAGCAGAAAUUCGUGGAGGAGUUCUGGGUUGGUGAGGGAACUAAGGGAAUUAUCAACUGGAAAAAGCGAACCCAUGAGUUACAAGCUUCAGUAGAGGAGGAUUCCUUGCAAUCUUUUGGUAUUGCUUCUGGUGGCCACGUCCAUUUCUCUCUCAACCCCAAUGAUUUUGGUUCUCCAAUUGCUGGUUUCUCUUCCUCGGGUAACUCUCUUGACAAACCCACAUCUGAUCAAUCCUUAAAUUCUCGAGAAACUCAAGUUCAAGUAUGGUCAGAAAUUAGAGUUUCUGAUAUGAUUGAUACAGUUAUGAUAACCCAGACAGGAGAAACUGGGAAACCCAAAGAAUUGGGUAGUUUAGAGGGUGUGGGUAAUGAUAGUAGAUUCUACAAUGAGUUAUGUUUUUUGAAGAGGGUAUUAAUAGAAGAAUUGGGUGAUAAUGUUUGUAGUGAAUAUAAUGUGUUGGUUGUGGCAGUUCAUGCGGUUCUUUUAGAAUCUGGCCUUAUUGGGUUUGAUUCGAAAUUGAGGUUGAGAAAUGAUAGACUUUAUAUCAUGGAAGAGGGAUCUUGUAAGGCUUUCACGAUGUCGCUUUGCUACACUCUUCCUCAGCUUUUGGAUAACGAGGAUGUGGCUUGUUGGAUUGUUUUGAAGUUUCAGAGGAUAGGGCAUUUUGUUAAUGUUUAUGGGACUUUGGCUAAUGGUGGAUCAGAGUUCUAUAGGCUGUCUUUGGAUGAAUACAAGAUUGCACCGUUCAUAAAUUUGCUACGCCUGAAUUGUAGUGAGAAGGAUGAAUGGUGUAGCCAGAAGCAAUUUUUUGAGUUUCAGAAAAUUGUCAAGGAUGAGCUUGUUUUGCCUAUAUCAACUGAUCUUUGUCGCAAGACUGGUUUGUUGAAAAUGGUGUCAAUUCUUAUCCCUAAAUGUGGAUCUCCAACGCUCAACAGUUCCUAUAAUGUCUUUCGUUUGUUAGAGUCUCAACUCACCCACCUGCUAGCUUUUUCUCAGAAAAACCCUCGCCCUCGGUAA